AGGGCGCGCGGCCCCGGUCCGACAGCCGCGGCCGGCGGAGCGGAGGAGAGGAUCGAAUCCCAGGGACGAACCGCCCCGAAGUAACUUCGGGCCAGAGUUAUGGGAAGCGCGGCCAUGGACACCAAGAAGAAGAAAGAUGUUUCCAGCCCCGGCGGGAGCGGCGGCAAGAAAAACCCCAGCCAGAAGAGGCGUUCGCUGCGCGUGCACAUUCCGGACCUGAGUUCCUUUGCCAUGCCGCUCCUGGAUGGAGACCUGGAGAGUUCAGAAAAACAUUCUUCUCGUAAGGUGGACAGCCCCUUCGGCUCGGGCAGCCCCUCCAAAGGGCUCUUCUCCAGGGGCCCCCAGCCUCGGCCCUCCAGUCCUGUGUCUGCUCCCGUGAGACCCAAGACCAGCCCUGGCUCUCCCAAAACCAUAUUCCCGUUCUCCUACCAGGAGUCCCCUCCGCGCUCGCCGCGGCGCAUGAGCUUUAGCGGGAUCUUCCGCUCCUCCUCCAAAGAGUCUUCCCCCAACUCCAACCCGUCUACCUCACCCGGGGGCAUCAGGUUUUUCUCCCGCUCCAGAAAAACUUCCAGCCUCUCCUCCUCUCCAUCAACACCUACCCAAGUGACCAAGCAGCACACGUUUCCUCUCGAAUCCUAUAAGCACGAACCUGAGCGAUUAGAAAACCGUAUCUAUGCCUCCACUUCUCCUCCGGACACAGGCCAGAGAUUCUGCCCGUCCUCCUUCCAGAGUCCGGCCCGGCCCCCACCGGCCUCACCAACACACUAUGCUCCCGCCAAAGCUGUAAGUCUGGGCCCUUCUCCUGGCCCUGCUGAGGCAGGAGGAUUGCUUAAAGUGGAAUUCCAGGAAGACAAAGAUUCAGAAAGUGGCGUUUACAUGCGAUUCAUGAGGUCACACAAGUGUUAUGACAUCGUUCCCACCAGUUCAAAGCUUGUUGUCUUUGAUACUACAUUACAAGUUAAAAAGGCCUUCUUUGCCUUGGUAGCCAACGGUGUCCGAGCGGCGCCACUGUGGGAGAGUAAAAAACAAAGUUUUGUAGGAAUGCUAACAAUUACAGAUUUCAUAAAUAUUCUACAUAGAUACUAUAAAUCACCUAUGGUACAGAUUUAUGAAUUAGAGGAACAUAAGAUUGAAACAUGGAGGGAACUUUAUUUACAAGAAACAUUUAAGCCUUUAGUGAAUAUAUCUCCAGAUGCAAGCCUCUUCGAUGCUGUAUACUCGUUGAUCAAAAAUAAAAUCCACAGAUUGCCAGUUAUUGACCCUAUCAGUGGGAAUGCACUUUAUAUACUUACCCACAAAAGAAUCCUCAAGUUCCUCCAGCUUUUUAUGUCUGAUAUGCCAAAGCCUGCCUUUAUGAAGCAGAACCUGGAUGAGCUUGGAAUAGGAACAUACCACAACAUUGCCUUUAUACAUCCAGACACUCCUAUCAUUAAAGCCUUGAACAUAUUUGUGGAAAGACGAAUAUCAGCUUUGCCUGUUGUGGAUGAAUCAGGAAAAGUUGUAGAUAUUUAUUCCAAGUUUGAUGUAAUUAAUCUUGCUGCUGAGAAAACGUACAAUAACCUAGAUAUCACAGUGACCCAGGCCCUUCAGCACCGAUCACAGUAUUUCGAAGGUGUUGUGAAGUGCAAUAAGCUGGAGAUACUGGAGACCAUUGUGGACAGAAUAGUAAGAGCUGAGGUACAUCGGCUGGUGGUAGUGAAUGAAGCAGAUAGUAUUGUGGGUAUUAUUUCCCUGUCAGACAUUCUGCAAGCCCUGAUACUCACCCCAGCAGGUGCCAAACAACAGGAGACGGAAACAGAAUGACGGCUGUGAAUGUAGACGCCCUCCAGGAGAACUUGAACAAAGCUUCUGGGUCACGUUUUGCCUCAUGAACACUGGCUGCAAAUGGUUAAGAAUGUAUAUCAGGGUUUACUGAUGGGUAUUUUUUCCAGUAAUGCUGAAAUUAAGCUUAAAAAAAGAAAGAUUUUAUGUGCUUGAAGAUUCAGGCUUGCAUUAAGAGACUGUUUUCAGACCUUUGUCUGAAGUAUUUUAAAUGCUGUAUGUCAUUAAAGUGCACUGUGUCCUGAAAUUUUUAUUAUUUUUCAUUUCAAAGAAUUCACUGGUAUGGAACUGGGGAUGUGACAUAAGGUGAGUGCACGCAUGCUCAGAUCACAGUGCCUUCUGUCCGAAUACAGCAAUAUGUCAUCACCGCUGCCUGCCGCGGCCAGAGCUCACGCAUGUGCAGCAACACCAAGCUUGAAUGUGGAAGUCUUUGAACCUUUUACCAAAUCAGUUUGUUUUCAUUAGAUUUGUCAAAAAGCUGUAAUUUGAAUUUAAAUAAUUACUUUAAAACUUUAAUGACACUUUUUCAUUUGUUUUGUUCAGAGCUGCCAUGUAAACAAGGCUGCUCUAUAACAGCUUUAUUUAUUUUUACCUUCAUGCAGUUUUUUACACGUCUUUUGGUGGGUAAACUUCACCACAUCCAUUAAUAAACUCUUGGUUAUUUUUAAAUGGCAAACUUCUCAUUAUUUAAGUUUGGAUCUGGGAAGGAUGUGACUUCUACUAGAGCCACUGGUAGGCUUGGAAAGCUGAGGGCCCUAAAAACGUGGGAAGGAGGCCGCCGUCGGGAAGAGGCCAAGGGCCAGGAAGAUGGUUGUUUUUUCUUGUGUAUUGAAAUGUAAAAUCAUGAUGUUUGUAUGACUGCUGAUGUGAUUGUUUUUGUAAAUUUUAUUGUGGCAUAUACAGUAUUGUCAUAUGGUUGAAGAGAAACAAUAUUUCCUAAUGUAAGUGCUCUGAAAAUGUUGACUACAUAUAUAUGUGUGUGUGUAUAUACAUAUAUAUAUGAGGAUAGUUUGAUUCUUUUGUUUUUGGGGUUUUUUUCAGAUUGAAAAAUUAAAAUAAAUCCUACUAUCUACCAUUUUGUUAAAGAAAUUCUUUAAAAUACCUUAUAUUUCAGCACAUAUUAAAAUUCUACAUGCAGUUUUCUACUUAUUUUUCCCUGAAUAAAGAAGCACAUGAA